AUGGCCAUGGUCGCAGCGCGCGCCGGCCAUGACGUGGUCCUCUACUGCCGCCAGGAGGAGCAGGCCUCCAGCAUCACCUUGAAGCACCGGAAUCCACGAGCCCUCAGCGAGUUCGAGCUUCCUCCGAACCUGCGGGCCACCACCAGCCUCCCCGAAGCCAUUGAAGGGAGCGCGCUCAUCAUCCACGGGCUGCCAGCGCAAGGGACUCCCAAGUUCUUGGCGGAGCACCGGGAGCUGAUCCCAGCGGAGGUCCCCGUCUGCAUCACCAGCAAGGGCCUGUACCUCCCAACCAAACAGCUCCUGGGCGAUGCCAUCUGCAGCGAGAUGGGGCGCAGCCAGUGCUUGGCCUACCUCAGCGGGCCAUCUUUUGCCAAGGAGCUGAUGAUGAAGCAGCCCACGGCGGUGGUGGUGGCCUGUGCAGACUUACCCAUGGCCGAGAAGAUCCAGUGCAUGCUCUCCACCCUCUUCUUCCGCGUCUACACCACCACGGACGUCGUGGGCGUCCAGCUCGGCGGGGCCCUCAAGAACCCCUUGGCCAUCGGGGCGGGCAUGAUUGAGGGCCGGGGCUUGGGCAUCAACACCAUGGCCGCCUACGUGACCAAGGCGCAGCUGGAGCUCCAGAAGCUCGCCACCGCCAUGGGAGGGGAUGCGGCCACGAUCUCCGGGCUCAGUGGCGUGGGGGACCUGAUGCUCACGGCUUUUGGGUCCCUGUCCCGGAAUCGGACCACGGGUGUCCGGCUGGCCAAAGGGGAUAAGCUGGAGGACAUCCUGCAAGAGAUGACCGUCGAGGGCGUCCCGACGGCGGCGGUGGCAGUGUGCUACGCUGAUCAGUGCGACUUAGAACUGCCAGUCUUCCGGACCGUCGCCGCCAUCUUGGACGGUUCCAUGCAGAUGGAGAACGCCCUCGUGGCGCUCAUGGGAAGGCCUCUGCGACAAGAGCAGGAAUGGGCUCUUGCGCUUCACCUGCUGCGGUCGAUGGUCCGCCUCCAGGUGGAGGCCAACAGCUUCUCCUACAACGCGGCCGUGACGGCCUGUGAAAGGGGCUCGCAGCUGAAGACGGCGCUGUCACUGCUUCAGGAGAUGGAUGAGGAGGCUGUUUCGAAGGACACGAUCACCUACAGCACGGCCAUCUUCGCCUGCGAAGAAGGAGCCCACUGGCAGACCGCGCUGGCUCUCCUGGAGGAGAUGACCUCGGGGUCGGUCCCCAAGAACGCCAUCACCUUCAACUCGGCAGUGAGCACCUGCGGGGCCGCGGCGCAGUGGAAAGCUGCAUUCUUCCUCUUUCGGGAGAUGCAGGCUUCGGCGCUCCAGCCGACUGCGGUUUCCUUCGCGGCGGUGAUCGCCAGUUGCCCCGGAGGCGAAUGGGCAAGGGCUCUGGCGCUGCUGGCAGAGAUGGUCGUGGCGCAGGCCGCCAGCACCCUGGCUUACGCGGCCAUCAUCGAAGCUUGCGCGGGGGAGGAGCGCUGGCUGCAAGCCGGCCUCCAACGCUAUGUUUCUGAUGUGGCGCAUGUGGCACUGAUGAUUGUGCAAGAAAGCAAGGCUUUCUGGACAAAGAAAAACCAUGCGCGAUCCCUGCUGUGCCCCCCUCCCGAGUCCGGCUUGCCUGUCUCGGGUGCGGAAGGUGAUGGUGCUUCCCACCCUCGAUCUGUCGCGACUACGUCUCGCGUCCGCUGA